AUGUUAUUGCCAACCAAGACAAGCAGCGCCAUUCUACUGGCCUGCCUCGGAGUCGCUUCUUGCCUCCAGGCUUCUGACAUUCCGGCAGACUUGCCAGUCUUGUCGCUGGUGGCGUCUGCCAAAUCGCAUCUUGCAGGAGGCUCGCCGCGAGACGCGCUGGUCUAUUUUGACGCUGCUGUCGCCCGCGAUCCCACGAAUUAUUUAACCAUCUUCCAGCGCGGAGCGACCUAUCUGUCUCUGGGCAAAGACGCCCAAGCCACAGAUGACUUCAACCGAGUUCUGGAACUGAAACCCGACUUUGACGGAGCCUUUGUACAACGUGCGAGGAUCAAGGCCAAGGUCGCCGACUGGAACAGCGCCAAAGACGAUCUGAUCAGCGCUGGCAAGAAAUCAUCGCCCGAGUUCGCGGAGCUAGAAGCAGCGCAAGUCGCACAGGGGGCUGCAGAAGAGGCGGGGGCAAAGGGGGACUGGGAAACUUGUGUUGAUCAGGCUGGGGUUGCCAUUUCAAAGGCGACCGCGACUCUGAGCUUACGGCAACUUCGAUCUCGAUGUCGGUUUGAGAAGGGCGAUAUACAGGAAGCCCUCAGUGACCUGGGUCAUGUCUUGCACAUUUCCCCCGGCUCAGUGGAGCCACACCUACAGAUUUCAUCGACGUUAUUCUACGCCUUGAACGAUUCCGAGCGGGGGCUGGCUCAGAUUCGAAAAUGCCUUCACUCGGACCCGGAUUCUAAACCGUGCAGUCGGCUCUACCGCAGGGAAAGACAGACCACCAAGCAGCUUGACCAGGUCCAUGAGUUAAUGAAGAAGCGCAAAUUCAACAACGCAGCCAACAUCCUGGUGGGCGAUAAAGACGAAAGCGGCUUGAUUGAUGAUGUCAAGGAAGACGUGAAGGAUGCUCGUGAAUCAAACCACAUCCACCCCAACGCUCCCAACCAAUUUUAUGAUUCCCUUAUAGAAACCACUUGUGAAGUGUAUAGAGGCAUGAACUCUCUCAAAAAGGGAUCUACAUACUGCUCCGAAGCCCUCAAAUCAAAUCCACACUCUUUACACGGUCUCCUUUAUCAAGCUCAAACUCAAAUCAACGAGGAUGAGUUCGAAAAAGCAGUUCACACACUCAACACUGCAAAGGAACACCACCAAGGCUCCGGCGAAGUCCAGGAAAUGCUUCGCAAAGCCGAGGUCUUGUUGAAACGAUCAAAGCAAAAGGAUUACUACAAGGUCCUCAAUGUGAACCGCGAUGCAGAUGAAAGGACUAUCAAGCGAUCGUAUCGACAACUCACCAAAAUCCAUCACCCGGAUAAAGCCGUUUCCCAGGGUGUGACCAAAGAAGAGGCCGAGAAGAAAAUGGCCGCAAUCAACGAAGCCUACGAGAUCCUUUCGGAUCCAGAGUUGAAAACACGCUAUGACAACGGCGAUGACCCCAAUGACCCGGAAGCCCAGAGAUCCCAUCCUUUCCAGGGACAUCCAUUUGGUCAAAGGGGUGGUGGCGGCCAGCAAUUCUUCUUCCAACAAGGGGGCCCUCAAUUCAAAUUUUCUGGUGGUGGGGGAUUUCCAUUUUAG